ACUCCCGCGCGGCCCGCAGUACUCGCAGAUGCGCGGCAAACGGCGCCGAGCGAGCACAGUCGGAGCCGGUUCUCUCGUCUCACGCAUACGCGAUCACACAUCCCGGUGAUCCUGGCGGUGAUCGCGACGCGCGAAUGACUUCGUCCGCCACGGAAAACCGGAGCGGUUCAAGUUAGUUCUCUCUCGCUGACAGCCGCAUCGUUGUUUUGUCGAACGGAUCCUUGGAUCGGCUUCUCUCGCGAAUUGUGUUUUUGUGCGCGACUCCCCCAGGUCGCCGAGGACCUGUGUUCAGUGCAACGGGUGCGACCUUGUCCUGGAACAGCUGCCGGAGGAGGAAGAGAGAGAGAGAGGAGCAUUAUUAACAAUUGAACGUGCAGUUAAAAGAAACCUGCCGCGAAAAUGAGUUGCGCGUCGCAGUGCGCCAAGUACUUUCUCUGCUUCUUCAACUUCGUAUUUUUCGUCGCCGGAGGAGCGGCACUGACUGUCGGUAUAUGGCUUUUCGCCGACAGGAGCUCGUUCACCAAUCUCAUCGGGAAACUGGACCAAUCCGACAUCUUGAAUAAAACAGACGCCGAUGUCAUCAGAAUGAUAUCUUACAUUCUUAUCGUAGCCGGUGCUCUUACGUUUAUCGUCAGUUUCCUUGGAUAUUGCGGUGCCAUGUUCGAGUCUAGAUGUCUUCUCUGCGUCUACGGCAUUCUAAUCUUGCUGGUUUUAGUCCUGGAAUGUGUGGUAGUUGGCCUAGCUUUUGGACUUAAAGGAGACGCCGAGAAAGGUACUCAGAACUUCCUGAAGUCGACCAUCAAAUAUUAUGCGACCACCGUUGAUAAGGCUGAAACUGUGACAGUCGCGUGGGAUGGAAUUAUGAGCCAGCUGCAUUGUUGCGGUGUGGAAAGUUACCUAGACUUUCGCGAAAAUACGAACCUGACUGCUACCGGAAAAAUGAUUCCCGAGGCUUGCUGCAUAAAAGUGAGCGAAGGAUCUAACGUUCUGAAGGAUCCUUCGUGUCCAAUUAGUCCUACCGCAUCCAAUUCAUAUUAUUUAAUGGGUUGCUACAAGGCCAUAGUGACCGCCAUCGAGGAGAAUGCGGCGAUAGUGAUCGGUGUGGCUGCUGCUCUGGUCUUCGUCGAGGUCUUGGUCAUUAUUCUGGCGCUGUACCUAGCCUGCUGCUAUUGGCGUCCACAACAUGCUUGUGUAGACGUAUCGUCAAGGCAGGCCUGGUGAGGUGCUGAAGUAAGGAUGAUGAUUUUGAUGGGGUUUGCUUUCAAGUAAGAUGGAGGUUGAGGCUGUCAGUUGACAGCUGAUCCCUCCCAUGCUGCUGCAUCGCUGCAGCGUCUAGAUCUAUCAUCCAUUUCUACUCUACAAGCGUUCUUUCGUGAAUUCUAUUGAGGCAUGGUAGCUUUGCUCUUCACCCUUGCAUGGCCAUGCUAUUGUAUAUAAUUUGACAGAAAGAAAGAAAGAGAGAGAGCGAACGAGAGAGAGAGAGAGAGAGAGAGAGAGAGAAAGAUACGGAUAUAUGCAAAGGAAGAGAGGGAGGCCCGAUUGCAUCAUUAUGCAGCGCAACCUGUAACAGGAAGUGCGCUUAGCGAGGGAUAUCCUGACAUAUAGUAUCAUCGAUGACAGAUUACCACACCGCAUGUUAGGGUGUGUGAUUGAAACGAGAAAUUAUACAAAUGAAAAAAGAUACGUGUAAAGUAGCUUGACUAUGUAAACUAGACGUUUCAAAUCUGUGCAAUCGUUGUUUCAUGUUUACAUCUAUAAUCUAAAGCAAAAAAAGUUAAAUUAUUAUAAUUAGACACUCUUCUAGAGUUUCGCGAAAAGAUAAAGAUAUCAUUUAUCGAUUUAUCUUACAAGUAAAUUAUACGAGGCAAUAACUACUAUUGCUGAAUAUAUAGACGAGGCCAAAGUUUAGACAAAUAUAGAUAGCUCUCUCUAAUCGAAGAGCGUUAUUUCGUAAAAUAUUCUUUUUUUUAACUUAUACAAAUUUAACUUUAUAUAGAUAUAUUCGAGCGAGAAUUAUAGAUUUUUUUUCUAACGCACAGACACUGAUGAUUCACGCUGAGAAGCGAAACGACGAAUUAUCCGAACGUAUUCGUUCAUUGCCAAAAAAAAAAAA